AUGAAGAUCGUACCGUUAAUGGGUCUUAUCGCAUUCAUACUGUUAGCAUCAUUUUCUCUUCCGACAAAAGCUAUCGCUGUCGACGGUAGUAUUUCCAAGGGUAAUGGAGAAUCAUGUGUUACACGUGACCUUCAAGAUUGCUACGAGACUGUUGUUCGUGGAAUGAUGUCGACCGAAUGUUGUGACACAUUGAAAGAUAAGCAAUCAUGUCUGUGUGAUGUAAUUAAAACCAGUAUGUUGUCUGGCUCUGUCCAUAUCGCUCGUAUCAUGUCUUGUGGUAUUCCUUCUCCAAAAUGUUAA